AGUCUAAAUAUCUGUUCAUCUCUCUUCUCUCUCCCUCCACUGAAAAUAUUAUUCCCCCAACUAACAAAAUAUGAUAAUGAGAAGCGCUUCAUCACUUGACCUUAACCUACGCGCCGCCCAGAAACCGUCUGUUCCACGGGUUAUAACGACGGCUCGACUCGUCUCUGAUUCUCCUCGUGUUGCCAAGUCGAUUACGAGAGCUUCUUCAGAUGGAAACCUCUACAAGAUUCAUUCGCCGGAGAGCUCCAGAGAAAAAACGAUCAGCGUAUAUCACGAAGAAACGGCAUCGUAUGAGGUUUUAGAAGGAUCCCGGCUGCUCCCUCAGGGAGGUUCCAACGGUGGAUUUGGUGGUCCUAGAGGCGGAGACGGUGCCGGAGGUGGCGGCGGAAGUGGAAGUGGGGGAGUAGAUAGUUAUUACGAAGAUAUGAUCCAGCGUUAUCCCGGAGACACUCUUCUUCUCUCUAACUACGCUCGUUUCCUCAAAGAGGUGAAAGGUGAUGGGAGGAAAGCAGAGGAGUAUUGUGAGAGAGCUAUGUUGUCUGAGAAUGGAAGAGAUGGAGAGAUGCUGUCUAUGUAUGGAGAUUUGAUAUGGCAAAAUCAUGGAGACGGUGUUCGUGCUCACUCUUACUUUGAUCAAGCUGUUCAAUCUUCUCCGGAUGACUGUCAUGUUCUUGCAUCGUAUGCUCGGUUUCUAUGGGAUGCUGAAGAAGAAGAAGAAGAAGGGGAAAAGGAAGAAAGUAAACAUGAGAAUGCUUUCUCUACCUAUAACAACCCAUCUGUAUCAGUUGUGUCUUGACUCUGUGUGCUGAUGUUAAACCGGUGUAAUACAAUAAAAACUCAAAAGUCCGGUUUAAUCAUGAAAAUAUCUUUUGCACUUUGAAGUAAGACUGAUGCUAAUGUGUAGGAAAAGACGAACCAGAUAUCAAAAGUCCAGAGAGCUGUGUAUUAUUGUGGCAAAUUAAUUGUGAGAUUCCAAAGAUAAUUAAAGUGGUUUGUGUCCU